GUCACUCAAUGAAACUCUAAAACCCUCAACCAGAGAGAGAGAGAGGGGAAAAAACGCAGUCUUCGUGGAAUUUAGCGGAGGAGAAACAAUGAGACCACCAAUGGGCGGCGGCGGGUUCAGGGGACGGGGAGGACGAGACGGCGGCGGCGGUCGAUUUGGUGGAGGAGGACGACUUGGUGGUGGUGGACGAUUUGGACGCGGAGGCGGUCGCUUUGGGUCUCGAGACGAAGGGCCUCCUAGCGAAGUCGUGGAGGUUGCAACUUUCCUCCAUGCUUGUGAGGGAGAUGCUGUGACCAAACUCUCACAUGAGAAGAUUCCGUAUUUUAAUGCCCCCAUCUACCUGCAGAACAAGACUCAGAUUGGGAAAGUAGAUGAAAUCUUUGGCCCUAUCAACGAAUCUCUGUUUUCUAUCAAAAUGAUGGAAGGUAUUGUGGCCACCUCGUAUGCUCCAGGAGACAAGUUCUUCAUCGACCCAGGAAAGCUUUUGCCUCUCGCUAGAUUCCUUCCUCAGCCAAAGGGUCAAUCAGCGGGUGGCCGUGGUAGAGGUCGUGGUGUAGGAGGUAGAGGCCCGCCUAGAGGUCGUGGUGGUAGAGGCCCUCCAAGAGGAGGUCGUGGUGGAGGAUUUCCCGCAAGAGGUGGUGGUCGUGGAGGCUUCAGAGGCCGAGGAAGAGGAUACUAGAUUCUCCUCCCUACUUUUUAAACCUUAUCCAACUUGUACCCUUUUGUUUUAUCAAUGACUAUCGUUUUCACAGACUCUCAGUUAAUCGAUACUCUGCUUUAAAAUUAAUGGAGUAAAAAAUUGCAUCUAAAUUAUCUUCCA